GAUUAUGCCUAUUGCCAGGCAUCGAAAACUACAACUACGGAAAAACGACUAAUCGUUGAACACGAGGAAAUCACAGCAGAAGCUAUUGCCAGAGAUGGUGCGCAGGUUAAGCCAGCGCACCCUAGGCCCCCCGCCCCUAUGCCUACUUAUAAAACUGAAAAUUUUAUUCUCUCCUCUUUCAAGUUAUUACUUCAUAAAUUAUUAUUAUUAUUGUUAUUUUUUGUUUUUGAGUUUUGAUGUUGGAUUUCUUUCGAAGCCUCGAGGUAGAUCAUAUCAAGGGUCGGGUGCCAUUGUCUGAAUCGAAUAAGACCCACAUCGAAUACUCCAAAAAAUCUCACGCCAUUCUCUUGGUUUUCGAUCCUUUUCUUUCUUCUUUUUCUCCCUCACCAAACAGAAAAAUUGGGUAGGUUUUGUUGCUAAUUUCCUUUUAAAAGGAUUAAUAAAUUUCAUGGGUUUUCAUCAAUAACGGCAAAGAAUUCUCGUGAUUUGUUGCGCAUUGGUUACAUGCACCAUGUCCAUGUGGGGUACGUAUGUGUGUGUUUGUGUUUGAUGUGUGCGAGUUAUAGUGGGCAGGCGGUGUCGUCAGUGAAUAAGAUGUUAAGCCAGGUGGUGAAGGUUCAAAGAAAGAAGCUCGCCGCAUGCAUGACAUGUCCUCUCUGCAAUAAGCUGUUUAGAGACGCCACUACCGUCUCUGAAUGUCUCCAUACCUUUUGCAGGAAAUGCAUAUAUGACAAGAUAUCUGAUGAGGACGUGGAUUGCUGUCCCGUUUGCAAUAUCGACUUAGGCUGUGCUCCACUGGAGAAGCUCAGGGCAGACCACAGCUUGGAAGAUCUAAAGGUCAAGCUCUUCGGUUCUAAAAGAGAAAAGACUCAGGCACCUGCAGUUUUUUCCUCAGUCGCAGAAGCUAUACCCUCAUUCCCAUUAGAAGGCAAAAGAAAGGAGAGAUCUCUCUCUUCUUUGGUUAUCAGCACACCCAAAAUAGGAACAAAGUCUCUUCUGCCUAGAAAAAGAUUGAAAUCCAUUGCAAGGAAGAGUCCAGCUUUACGAGAAUCGAUUCUCGCUGAGGAAUUACUUGUUAAGAAAGUGGAUGAUUGUUGCCAUGAGAGUUUAAGCUCACCUGAAACUCUAAGCAAAAUCUUACAAGCUAAAAGGCAGAAUUCCAUUCCCGAAUCAUCCAAACAGUACAAGACAAACAAGGAUACAGAGGAAAGUGCUGAACCAUGUGAAGGCAAAACCGAGUCGUGGAAAACCUUAAAUUUUGUGGUUGAAGGUGCAAGCAAAUCGAAGCACAAUAAGCCUGAUAUAGAGGAAGCUACUGUCCAGAUGCAGCUGCCUGGUCCUGCAGAGAAUGAAGAUCAAGUGCUUAAAUCUAUUGUUAAGGAGCAUGGUAAAAAGUCAAAAGUUAAUGGUGAUGAAAAUAACUCAUCUUUGUCACCAGUAGGUUCAGUUAAGACUAGAAAGUUGCAAGGCGUACGGCAAAAAAGAGCAAUUGUCACUGAGGGUUUGAAUAUUAUUCCACCACAAACUAUUGUUGAUGCAAGCAGUAAAUACGAAGGAAGAUUUAGUCCAAUUUGGUUUUCAUUAGUUGCUUCUGAUGAUCAGGAAGGAGAUGCACCCUUGCCACAGAUAUCUUCAUGCUAUUUGAGGGUUAAGGAUGGCAGCUUACCUGUUUCAUCUAUUAAAAAGUAUCUGGUGCAAAAGCUGGGUCUUGCUAGCGAGGCUGAGGUAGAGAUCUCACUACAUGGCCAGCCGGUGCUUUCUACUUUGCAGCUGCAUCAUUUGGUGGAGUGGUGGUUGCACAUGGCACCAUCAUCUGAGAGAAUAGAGACGACCGUUGGCAGCUCAGCCAAAGAGUUUGUUAUGGUUCUGUCAUAUGGUUCAGCGUACUAUGACCUUUGGCCCAUAACCCAUGCUAUUGCAAUCUUGGAUUCUUUUUUUUUUUUUUUCUCUGUCCUUUUCUUUCUUUCCAACUUUGCUUGUAAGUAAAGGGUAUACAAAUAGUAGAAAUUAUAGACAAAUACAGAAGAAAGACAGAAAAGGAGAAUGCGGAUUUUGGUUUGGUUACUGUCCGAAUCCAUGAAACAAAAGAAAGCUCGACUAGGUAUAUGGGAUAAAAGUUGAGCAAGAGUUUUUGAAAAGUUUU